CUCCUCCGGUCACUGAUGGUUGGACCCUGUACGCGGCGUAGCCAGGAAAGCUGGGGUUGCUACGCGACGGCUGCGCGGGGACACGGGGCUGAGAGGGACGGAGGGAGGGAGGAAGGGGCAGGGAGAGGCGGCCCGGAAGCUCUACCAUCUCCAGCCGCUUCCGGGCCAGCUCCGGGCCUGUCACCGCCCGCCGUGGGGGGCGGCCAUUUUACCGAGGAGUGGAGCCGCGGGGCCCUCCUGCUGGCGGCGGCGGCGGCGGCGGCUGCCACAGCGACUGAGCGGCGGAGCCUCACGGGCGGGCAUAGUCUCUGCGUCUGGGCUGGGAAGCGGAAGAGGCGCCUGUGAUCGCCGCCGUCCCAGCUGGGAGGAUGUUUUCGUUUUCAACCGUGCAGCCUCAGGCUACCGUUCCUCUGAGUCACCUUAUUAAUGCCUUUCAUUCACCAAAAAGCUCCACUACUACUGCCAGCACAGCAUCUGUACAGCCUGUUCAGAGGGACACUUCCCCAGAGCACGAUCCUCAGAAGAGCGAGUCUGUAUUUAAUCUAAGAGAUCUAGGAUUGUCUGAUCUGAAAGCGAACCAUUUCAAAGAAUUGGUGAACAGGUUGCUUCCUGGCUACUGUCCAGAAAACAAAGUCUCUUCACAGUGGCAUACAUCAUACAUCUCUGCUGAGUCCUUCUUUGAAAAUAAGCAUGGCUUCGUGGAUGUUUUCAGUGUUUUGCGCUCAUCUUGUUUGUACAGACAGCAUCCUAAUCCCCUCCAAAACUUCUGUUCAGAUGUUCGGAGUUGGCCAGUUUACGUACAAACACGGAACUUUAAGACUUUAAGAUCAAGAACAAGACGUCUGCAGUCAACAUCUGAACAAUUUACAGAAACAAAAAGUUCACUUUCUUCAAUUCUGAAGGGCUUUGUCCUGAGAAAGCGCAGGAUUGAUGUUGAAAACUUGGAUGCACUAAUGAAAACAAAAAACAUCCCAGAGGCACACCAGGAUGCUUUUAAAACUGGUUUUGCAGAAGGCUUUUUGAAAGCACAAGUAUUCCUGCAAAAAACACUUGAUUCCUUGAGAAGAUCACGUUUGCUGUCUUUCUUUCUCUUUGUUCUUUGUUUUUACCUUGCUAUAUAUUCAUCAUUUUUACCUGGGAAAGGUUCCUUUUCUGAUGCUGUACGCUUUCGAACAUCAAGUAUCUUUGAUGCUGCAGUUGAUCCAAUCCAGUUGAAAAAUGUCACCUUCGAACAUGUAAAAGGGGUUGAAGAAGCUAAACAGGAAUUGCAGGAAGUUGUAGAAUUCCUGAAAAACCCACAUAAAUUUACUGUACUGGGAGGUAAACUUCCAAAAGGUAUUCUGUUAGUUGGACCACCUGGUACGGGUAAAACUCUUCUUGCACGGGCUGUAGCUGGUGAAGCUGAUGUUCCCUUUUAUUAUGCAUCUGGAUCAGAGUUUGAUGAGAUGUUUGUUGGUGUAGGAGCUAGUCGCAUCCGAAGCCUAUUCAGGGAAGCAAAAGCAAAUGCACCAUGUGUUAUAUUUAUCGAUGAGUUGGACUCUGUUGGUGGGAAGAGAAUUGAAUCUCCAAUGCAUCCCUAUUCAAGACAGACCAUUAAUCAACUUCUUGCUGAAAUGGAUGGCUUUAAACCUAAUGAAGGUGUUGUUAUCAUUGGUGCAACAAACUUCCCUGAAGCAUUAGAUAAUGCUUUAAUACGUCCUGGUCGCUUUGAUAUGCAAGUUACUGUUCCCAAGCCUGAUGUAAGAGGUCGUACAGAAAUUCUGAAGUGGUACCUUAAUAAAAUAAAGUAUGAUCCAUCUGUUGAUCCGGAAAUAAUUGCACGAGGCACAGUAGGAUUUUCUGGAGCAGAGCUUGAGAAUCUUGUAAAUCAAGCUGCCUUAAAGGCAGCUGUUGAUGGAAAAGAUAUGGUAACCAUGAAAGAACUAGAGUUCUCCAAGGACAAAAUUCUAAUGGGACCUGAACGUAGAAGUGUAGAAAUUGAUGAGAAAAACAGAACCAUCACUGCUUACCAUGAAUCUGGACAUGCUAUCAUUGCAUAUUACACCAAGGAUGCAAUGCCGAUCAACAAGGCUACGAUCAUGACACGAGGAACAACACUUGGACAUGUAUCUUUGCUCCCAGAAAAUGACAGAUGGAGUGAAACUAGAUCCCAGUUGCUUGCACAGAUGGAUGUCUGUAUGGGAGGAAGAGUAGCAGAAGAGCUCAUAUUUGGAAGCGAUCACAUCACAACAGGUGCUUCCAGUGAUUUUGAUAAUGCUACUAAAAUUGCCAGACUGAUGGUGACUAGAUUUGGAAUGAGUGAGAAGCUUGGUGUUAUGACCUAUACUGAUGCGGGGAAAGUUAGCCCUGAAACUCAAUCUGCAAUUGAACAGGAAGUAAGAACGCUUCUACGGGACUCAUACGAGCGAGCAAAGAACAUCCUGAAGACUCAUGCAAAAGAACACAAGAAUUUAGCAGAAGCUUUAUUGAAAUACGAGACUUUGGAUGCCAAAGAAAUCCAAAUUGUUCUAGAGGGAAAAAAACUAGAAGUAAGAUGAUAACUUCCGGGAUACAGUAACUGAUAAUUUGAAGAAUGUACAUCUAGCAAUGCAGUAGUCUUACGCAGCAUAGAGCCUUUUUUUCCCUUCUGAUGUGUAUGGCAUUAGCGACUUUUUAAUAUUCUGUCUCUUGUGAGCUUCUGUUGUUCAUCAAUUUGUUGUGUCUCAUCAGAAUAAGACACACAAAAUAAAGCAAGUUCCUCAUCCUCUGCUCCCUCUACUCUUCCCACAGUAAGUUAUUUGGAAGGAUAAAACUCAGGGUUGAAUUCAGCAUUCUGGUUCAGUCAAAUGUGUUGAAGCUGAGAAUAAAAACAUGCAGAUACACUGGUGUGUUUUGGCAGAGCUUCUUGGGUCAUGCCGCUGUGUGUGCGUUUGAAGUGAUACCCCACAAUACAUGCUGUAGAAUGUCUUACAGAGUGACAGAUUGAUUUGUUAAACAUUAGUAUGUAGUCUAACUAAUGCUCAUACUCUGAAGCUAGAGGUCGCUUUUAAAGAAAACUUCUGACUUAGAAAGGCAACAAAACAUCUCUAAGAGUGAAGCGGCUACACAGUGCAUCUCUAUUAAAGGGAACUGUGGGAGCUCCAUGUUAGACAAAACCAUUAGUGAUUGUGCUUUCAGUGCUCUUGGAGUUAAAAUACAGGCAUGUAUGGCUGGGAGAGAAGCUAUAAUGCAAAAUCAACAGGCUAAAUGUGGCUAAGCCUCUCUGGACCAUGUUUUGGGCAGAACCAUGGCAGGGAUAAGGGAAAUACCUAUGACCUCUGAUGUGCUGCUGACAGGAGUCUUAGAGUUUUUAUUACUGCGGUAAAUGUAUAACAGUGAUUUGAUGACAGUGCUUUUAUACUGCUGGAGAUUCUACAGAACUAGAUUCUGCUAAUACUAUGUAUGGGCGUUUGAUAAUCCAACACAUAAUUUCUUCCAAGGGGGUAGUAUUGCUCACUGAAGAGUAGUUCAGAAAAUGUUUGAAGCAUGUGUUGUUUCAAAUAACAUUCCCAGUUCUGUUCUACAAUAGAAGUAGGGGAAAAAACCUUGUCUUUCAACCUUUAUGGAAAUCUCUGGAAAUUCCAACAUGAUAACAAAAAGAUUUUGAAAACAAGCAGUUUCCAGUCAAGUGGAAAUGAUUGCGAGCAAUCAUAUGCCAGUAUUCUUCUGGUCUCAUGGAACUGGUUUUUAGGAAUAACACAUCUUGAUCGUAAUCUUUCUGUACAGUUAAUUGUAGACUCUUGGGAUGAUAAACUUCUGUUGCAGAAAGGGCCUUUGUGAGUGAAUUGAUAUUGGAGGUUACCACACUGGACAUUAAAAUAGUGGGGCUGGUGCCAAUAAAUGUGAAUGGAAGUUGGUAGCUACACUUAAAACUAGAAGUAACAUAGUAUUUUACAAUUUUCUGAGUGUAAUGCUUCAUUAUAACCUAGUUUUUUAGUAAGAGCACAUGCAUUUUUUUUUUUCCUUCAAAACCAGGAUAACUUUCUAUUUGCCUGUUUUUGUCAGCUUACUAGUGACAUCCCAGUGCAGUGUGGGAGAACUUCAGAAUGUUAUAAACCAGUAUACCAAAUGUCUAGGCUGACUAGUUACAAUUGUACAUGUAUUUUAGGAAUCUGCCAACAGAAACAGAAAUAUACUGCAUAUUUGGCAUCUGUUUUUGAAGUAAUAAAGGUUAAUUUUAAUUAUGCA